AUGAAACCUGGUUGUGAACUUACUACUAGAAUUUUACCUUCUCGUUUAACGAUUAUAGAUUCUCAUAUCAUUAAAUCCAUACAUGCUGGACUUAUAAGUAGUUGGAUUGAUGGAAAUGUCUAUGAUAUUGAUUGUUCAAAUUGUAAAAUCAAUUACAAAUUUAAUUUACUUGUUCGUGGAAGUCGUGAUGGUUUUGAUGCAUCGACAUUUCAUAGCCUGUGUGACGACAAAGUCGGAACUGUGGUAAUAAUAAAAUUAAAGGACAGCAAUAAAGUGGUGGGUGGGUAUAAUCCGUGUACAUGGCAACGAACGUUCUUGGGACCACUCACUCGAAUGAGAGAUUAUGAAAACAUUGUAAACAGUUUUGUGUUUUCGUUUAAUGUUAAUGAUGAUCUGAAAAAUGCCGUGUUGAGUAGGGUUGUGGUGACUAGUAAUGCGUUUUACUAUUCUACUUCGAAUGGUCCUUGUUUUGGAGAUGGUGAUCUUUGGAUGACUGGAACUUUUGGUUCAUCAAGAAGAAUGUCGUAUGAGCAUAGUAUUAUGGAUGUAACCAAUUUCUUUGCUAACGAUUAUGAAGUUUUUCAAGUCAAAAAACGGUAA